CGGCUUUUGGCCCUCUGUCACUUAGACAUUCGUUUCAAACAAGAAAACUAGAAUUAUAACCUUCUUAGUUUCAGCAAUUGACAUUGCAGGGACGGGAGCGUCGCAGUCUAUAUGCUUCUAUGAUCUAGGCCCGUAAAUUAAACUGCUGUCAACUUUUCUGACUGCCGGGCCAGCUGAGUGGCUGAGGGAUACAUGUGCAUGUUUUCGUUGCCUGUGCAAUUGAGUUACUGCAUUUGAAGUAUGUAGUUUGCGUACUGCGUAGUCUUUGGCAGAGGCGUCAACGACACGUGGGUUUGUGUUUAUAUCGGUUCUAUAGGACGUAGGAGCAAAAGCAGGAUUGUGACCGCAAAGGCGUCGGAAAUUGUCUUUGGAAUAAAUAGGAUUGAUAGUGAGUGCGUUUGUAAUAAUAGAUUUUCUUUUUAUUGUACUUGUAGAAGAUGGAUGAAAGCAGUAAUGCUGUCGUUGUAACAGCGUCAGCUACACGAAAAGUAUUUAAACCCUCAAUAAACGUUGUGAAUAAAAUCCCAGAAGCGUUGGCAGAUAAGAUUAAUUCGCAUGAGUUGACCCAAGUACUGCCAAAAAAUUAUAACUUUGAAUUGCCGAAGACAAUUUGGCGCAUUAAACAGAUAGAAGCCAAACGAGUUGCUCUUCAAAUGCCCGAAGGGUUGCUCAUGUUUGCAACAACAAUUUGUGACAUUAUAGAAGAAUUUACUGAAGCUGAUACUGUGAUAAUGGGCGACGUAACUUACGGCGCAUGCUGCAUAGAUGAUUACACUGCGAAGGCGUUGCGAGUGGAUUUACUUGUUCAUUAUGGCCAUAGCUGUCUUAUUCCUGUUGAUCAAACUAUUGGUAUCAAAGUUCUUUAUAUUUUUGUUGACAUCAAAAUUGAUUCACUGCAUUUCUUAGAAACAAUUCAACAUAAUUUCCCAAAGGAAGAGAAGAUUGGUUUAGUUAGCACUAUUCAGUUUGUUGCUACCUUGCAUGCUGUUGGCAGAGAACUGAGGGAGCUGGGUUACAAAGUAACUAUUCCUCAGAGUCGACCACUUUCUGCAGGAGAAAUUUUGGGCUGCACUUCCCCAACAAUAAAAGAUGUCAAUGUGUUGAUAUAUUUAGGAGAUGGAAGAUUUCAUCUUGAAGCAGCCAUGAUAGCAAAUCCUUCACUCAGAGCUUUCAGGUAUGAUCCAUAUGAAAAAAAAUUCACUGAAGAAUUUUAUGAUCAUUCAGCAAUGCUGAAAAUAAGAACUGCUGCUAUUCAAAAAGCAAGUGAGGCUUCUAGAUUUGGCCUGAUAUUGGGAACUUUAGGUCGGCAAGGAAAUCCCAAAGUUUUGGCAACAUUGCAGGAACGAAUCUCACUAAUGAAGAAAGAAAGCACUGUCGUCCUGUUAUCAGAAAUCUUCCCUGACAAGCUUAAGAUGUUCCCAGAUGUAGAAGCAUGGAUUCAGAUUGCUUGUCCACGAUUAUCCAUUGACUGGGGUUAUGCAUUCACCCAGCCUCUUCUGACACCAUUUGAGGCAGCUGUAGCCUUGGGUUCUGUGCAUUGGCGGAAGGACGAGGAUCGCUAUCCAAUGGAUUUCUAUGCUAACACAAGUUUGGGACCUUGGACUCCAAAUCAUAAAACAACUCCAGACAAGGACGACACUAAGUGUUGUGGUAAGACUGGCUGUAGUCCCUCACAGGCAACAGGCAAACACUAAAGGAAAACUUCUGUUAAAUGGAGUCUGUUGUUAGUGUUCUAAUGCUUUAUAAAUCUCUAUGGUACAUGUUACAUCUUCAUUGCAAAACAUUUUAGAGACUGAUUCACUGCUUUCUAAUCUAAGAACUUAUUUAUCAAUGUAUUUGUCAUGUCACAGAAGGUUAGGAACUGUGCUUGAAGAGUUGUUUGACAGGAUAACAAUUGAGUUGUAUGCAGUUAAUUUUUCAGUGAUGCAGACCUAUGUAUUUGUAGUUACACUAUCCAUGGUUUUUACUAUUGUCAUUUCAGUUUCAAGUCUUUAUUCUGCCUGUCAAAGUGUUACGUUUUUGUUAACACCCAUUUAGUGCAGUGUUGUAUUCUUUGUUGAAUAUCAGAUAUUAUAUGUAGCACACCGUCAGGUGGCUUGCAGAGUAUGGAUGUAGAUGUAGAUGCAGAUGCAGUAGCCUAUACAGUAGAGUGAGUCAGAAUGGCUCCUAAAUGUUUGAACUAGGACAUACAGCACUAGAUACCGACAGUACCAAAUGAGACACAGAGCGGAGGGAGCUGAGACAGCACCCCAAAAAGUCUUUACUUGCCUGUUUCUUAAUUACCGAACCAAUCUGUAUUUUCAGUGAAAUAAUAGAUACUAUGAAUAAAGUGAUAAUAUUGUAAGUCUACAUGGCCAUCUACAGCAAGUUUUUUGAUAGGACUAGCUCUUGAACUUGUUAAUUAAAGACCAAAACUGUAGGCUCAUGGGAACAAAGAACAUGGGUAAUAUUAUCAAUAUGCUUAUUGCUUACUUUCGGCCAGUACAUUGUUUCCACCCAUUUCCAACUUUAUCUAAGAAAUGAUAUGUGUGAUGUGCAGUAUAGAAUUUUUGUAGGCAUUAUGAAUGCAGUGUUGAUGCCAGUGUGCUGCCUGCCUUUUGAAGAGGAUGUGGGACGUAUCUCCCUUACAUUUACUUCUCCUCACCUGAUAGCUGCCGAUAUGCUAGGUGGUGGUCAUGUAUUUAUGCUCCCAGCAUCACCUGUGAAAAGUUUCAAGUUAUAUUGUGCAUGUAGUACCAGAGUUGUUUGUAGUUAUAUGGAGCAAAGUAGUAGUCAAGCAAAAAUGAUUGCAUUUUUAAAAAUAAUUUUUAUUUUUAGACAGCACCUCUAAUUCUCUGCAAAACAGUUGAUUAUUUUUGUGGUCAGAUAGUGAGCUCUUUUCUAUUCCAGACUGUGU